AUGUCGGAACGCCGUAUCGACGUCAACCGUUCCAACUACUCGGUCAUCGACAAUGAGUUCGGAAACAUGCGUGACCGUUUCGAGCAAGAAAUGCGUCGUGUCGAGGAGGAGAUGAAGCGUCUUCGCAGCGAGUUCGAAGGUUAUCGUCCAAACGGAGGCGCCCCAACUGCUGCCAUCUCCAAUCAGCCGUACAACGCCUACUCCACUACUUCUUCUCACCACGAGACUUCCAACCGUACCGGUGGAUUCGGAGGAGCUCCACUUCCACCACCAUCGUCGUUCCACGGACCAAGCGACUUGAUGGCUCACCGUCCAACCUACGAUCCAUACUUGGACAACUUGAAAAGUCCACUCAUCAAGGAUGAGAGCGAUGGGAAGACGCUUCGUUUGAGAUUCGACGUGGCCAACUACAAGCCGGAGGAGGUUACUGUCAAGACCAUCGACAACCGUCUUCUUGUUCAUGCUAAGCACGAGGAGAAGACUCCACAGAGAACUGUCUUCAGAGAGUACAACCAGGAGUUUCUUCUUCCAAGAGGCACCAACCCAGAGCAAAUCUCUUCGACUCUCUCGACCGACGGAGUUCUCACCGUCGAGGCACCACUUCCACAAUUGGCUAUCCAGCAAUGA